AUGAAAUGUCUAUCAUAAGUGAAUGUUAAAGCAUUUUCUUAUUAAAUAAUUGAAGCUAAUUCUAUUAAAUAAUAAGAAUAUUGUUGGGCAGUUGCUAUUAAUAAAGAUUGUUCAAUUGUAGCGGCUGGUUGUAAUAAACUAAUUAAAAUUUAUGAAUUCCAAUAAGGAAUGUUGAAAUUAAAUCAAGUUUUAAAUUAACAUAAAAAUAAUGUGUUCACUUUAAUUUUUAUGAAAUAAUAAAAUUAAUUGAUUUCUGGAGAUUAAAGACUUAUUUUGAUUUGGUAAUAUAUUAUUGAUCCAUGGAAAAAAAUUAUUUUAUCAUAUUAAAAUAAUUGAUGGAUUUGUACAUAAACUAUCAAUGGUCAUAGUAAUUGGAUUAGAUGCAUCAUUUUAAAUAAUAAUGAAGAUCUAUUUAUAUCCAGUAGUGAUGAUAAGACUAUUAAGUUUUGGGUUAAAAAGAAUCAAUGGAUUUUUUAAUAAUCUAUUACAGAUCAUAGUAGUUAUGUCAAUCAAUUAAGUUUAAAUGAAUAAUAAAAUCAAGUUAUAUCUUGUGGAUAUGAUGGAUUGAUAUUAGUAAUAGAGUAAUCAGAAACUAAUAAAAAAUGGAUUGUAAAACAAAAAAUACAAGUUGAUUCUAUAGGAUAUCGAUUAUGCUUUAUCAACAAUAAUCUAUUUACAUUUUAACCUAUAAAUGGGAAUUUGAUGUAUCUUUAUCAAAUUAAUAGUGUAAGUAAAUAGUUCACUAAAUCAAAAGAUAUUACUAUAAAUCAAGGAAAUGAAGGUUCUGAAUUUUUCUCUUUCGCUAAUAUUAUAAUUAUAAGUCUUGAAACAAGUUUAGAGAUAACUUAAAUCACAAAAAAAGAUAUUGUCUAAAGCAAAAAUAAUUAUUUUGAAAGAAUUAUAUCUAAAGUAGUGUUUAUGUUGUCAUUAAAUAUCUAGAAUCUUGUUAAUUAUUGUUUAGAUAUAUCUGAGAUUAAUAUAUAAAGUGUUAAAUUAUAUUUUAUUCCUAUCUAAUUUGUUAGUUUUUAGAAUUUAGUUUGA